UCUACUUCCGUAAACAAUGACGAGUGCCCGGCAGACGUGUACUUUUUUGGUAUGAGGUGAUAUAAAGAACCCUGUAUUUCCAAGAAUUACUUCCUAAAAGCCAGGAUGCUGAAGCAGGGGUUUGUGCAGGAGAAGGUCAACGACCUUGCCAUGACCCACUACCCCCAUCUUAUGAACAAUUACCCCCAGUGGUCCAGAGUCAACACGCUGGAUAAAGCGAGAUACCCAAAACCGUUUGUUAAAGACAAAAUACAACCAAGCAUGGAAAUGAAACGUGAAGGUGACGAGGAAGACGGGAGUCUGGAGAUGAACGAACAGCUUAACCCGGCACAACGGGCACAGUAUCUGGAGAGGAGUUUGGUUUUUCUCAAACGGCAACAUCAAGAGGUGCUAAGGAGCUUACAUGAAGAAAUCGAUGCCUUAAAGAGGGAAAAUAAAGAUCUCCAGUUCCGCAUAAUAAUGAGCCAGAAGCAGAGCAGGCCUUCAAGAAGUGAAAAGAAGAUGGAAUCAAAAGAAGAAAAUAAUCUAGACAAAGAUUCUUCCUCCGAUUCUCUUCAGUCGAAGAUGGAAGAGGAAUCGGUCAGAUCGAGGGAGGAGAAGCUGGAUGAGAUCAAGGUUGUGUUCCUGGAGGAGGAGAUCAAGGAGCUGAAGCAUGCGCUGCGUGAGACGCGGAACCGGAACACGUAUCUCACCCAGUUACUGGAACAAUCCGAGGAGCAGCGCAAGAGGCAACAAGCUGCUGUGGAGAACAUGAAGACCCAGAUAAACCAGGGUGGGGAGGUCGGGCCCAGCAGCCAGCUUGGGGAACCCAGUCCCCCCUCCAUCAACCUCUUACAGAAGGGGUCACGACCUCUGACCUUGGCAGAGAGUCAUGGUGUCAUUCGUCACCUACAGCAGCAGAAUGAACAACAAGCACAUGAGCUGGAGAGUUUGAAGUCUGAUCUCCGUGAUGUCCUGUAUUCACACAAGUGGACACCCGAUGCCUACCUUCUCGCCAAAGCCUACAUCGCCGAGGAUGACAUGAAAGAUGGAAGUGGACAUGACUCACACAGCAAGUCAGCACUACCUAGGAUACCCUUCAAACACCCAACUAGAAAACUGCCAGACAUAGCCUACAUUCAGCGAGACAAUGUCACCCUUCCUGCCCUCAAGCAGACGGUCAGCAACCGGGCAAUGGAGAGACGGAAACGCACCCAGAUCCUCCAGAAAGCAAGAAUGAGGAACGAAGUGUUACCUUAGACUGGUGGCGCCACCUCAGGUUCAUACAUAACAGGGCACAUAGGUUGACGUAUGUCAGUGAUGAGUUAUUGUAUAUCAUUUCUUUUUUGUGACAGCAUAUGAGACUUGAAUUUUCUGGGACGUGUUAUUUAUUAGGGGAGUUUUUAGGAGUUGGUGUACACAGAUUGCCAUCCUAAACUUUUACAGGCUAAGGCAAGGUUUGUGAGGUAAUAUUUUUAUAUUUCUGUUCACCGGAACUUCAUAUUCUACUCAAAUCACCCAAUCAUGAAUACUUCAAAGAUUUGUAUAGGCUAUGUUCCAUAUCACCUGUGAAUACAUCGUCUGCUUUGUUGCUAGUUUCAAGCAAUGAAUCAAGUGACAGACUGGUGAGAGGGAGCCACAGGUUGUUCAGACCAAUGAGAGGUCAGCUUACAUCACACAAAGUGUCUCCCUUGACAACACCUGCAGCAUGAGCUACAGCUCUGUGACCGUCUGCUCUCCACCUUGCUGUGAUACAGGGCUGGCUAUCGAUACACGUCAUAGAGAAUGAUAAUGAUUAACUGAAUAUCGAUCAGUUGGGGUGAAACGGUAUACCGCAGUAUUAUUAGAACUGCGGUAUUUUGUCUUCGGUUCAGUAUGCCAUAAUGUAAUCCAAAAAUUCUUUAGUUUCGGUUUUCGUACCAUCAUUUUAUUAACCUUUUUAUACCUUUUCUAAAAUGUCUAGAAAUUGAAUAUUUUGUCAAAAUCUAUGCAUUUCAUUGCUAGACGGACGUUAUUUUCCCGGAAGUAAGUUCUCAUAUACUGAACAGAAAACGGACCAAAACGAAGGCCUUGUAUCGCAAUACAUACAUACCGUGUUAAGAGCGUACCGUUUCAUGCCUACUGAUCAAUAAAUAUCAGAGAAUUAACUUUCAGCAAAUAUGCAAACAGCAGAUUUCACAUCACCGAUUAGUGAUGAUAUAUUUAUGCAAGAAUUACGAUAUGUGUACAUUAUUUAUUUAACCAACAAUAUUUGAACCCGUCCCAGCCCUAUGACCAUCAGUUAUAAACAGUCUCGUUUUAUUUCUUGACUAGAACAGACACACUGGCCAGUCAAUGCUUCCCCUUCCAGUGGAUAUGUAUUCAGGGAAGUGUAAGGACACUGGGUAUAUAAACCAUGAAACAUCUACAAGGAAAUCAACCAGUUGGACCAAAUUAUUCUAUUACCAUUUUGUGAAUACACUAACUGACAUACCCAGCUUCGAUCAGAGUGAGUCAGUUAAAAUUUAUAGUCACAUCAGUGUUUCAUCCAUAUUGCUUUUAUCAGAGCAUUUCAAUAAACAUUAGAUUAGAAGUCUUAAUGUGUAACAUGUUGUAAUUGACAGAAUCAUAUGCUUUAUUAUAUUCCAAUAUCUUCUUUGAGAGGCAUUUUAGAAGUUGUAAAGAUGAAGGAAAACUAUUCUAUGGACAGUCAACUUUUUUAUUGCAAUGAGUGUGACUUUUCAGCGUAGGUACUAACACCAUUUAUCAAGCAAGUGAUAUAUGGGUAUAUUUAGUGCAGGAAUUUCAGCUACACUCCAACUAGCAAACAAGACAUUCUCCCGCCUUUUUAAUAAAUAUCGCGUCAGGCUCAUUUUGACAGAAAUACAGAGUACAUUUGUUCCUUAAGAAAUGAUUUUUGAAGAGAUUUGUUAAUCCAGAAGAUUACACUGUCAACAUUGCUGUCGAGAUUAACGUGGUGUCUUACUGAGUCGUGACCCACAGUUGAGGAGUAGGAUUUCUAGAAUGCUACUGCACAUUAAUAUGCCUUACAAAGAUAUUAGUCAGGGCAGCACUUUGUCACACCUCACAUCUACUCAUGUUGACAAGAUACACCCAGUAUAUUAGUAUUACAUGUCGUCAUGUUUCAUGAUUUGACUGCAAUAGCUUCAAGACAGAGGGACAACAUCUUUUGUAAUAAUAUUUAGGAAAGGUAAAGCUAUAUUUUUCUGUUAAUACAUUAUAAUAACUAUGGAUAUGGAAUAUCAAACUUGAUCUUUCAUUAUCUUGUCUGAAUUAUAAUUUUUAUUAAAUUAUGAAAUCUGAUUUCAGAAAAAGUGUAGCAAAAGAAAGCAAGUAUUUGCCAUAGUAAGCACCCUGACAAAAUUCUUGGCGUAAUCUUAUAAGCACCUCUAUUAUGACCGACAGUUUUUAUGGUAUGAAAUGGUACAUAUACGUAUUUUCAUUAACGUACCUUACAAUCAAAUGCUAGCUGGUAUUUUAGGGAGCAAGCAGUAGUGUUCCAUAAAGGGUACAUCCGAACAUAUACCCCUUGAGAUCCCCUCAUAGAUGGCGUCUAUAAUUACACUGCAUCAAAAGUAAAUUUUUAGCUUGAUCAAUAUUUGAGCUAAGUUUAUUGACUACCAUUCUAUCUCUGAAAACAUAUUUAACAUGUACAUGGUAUAUUCCACCAUGACUAUGUGAAAUUAACCAUUUGAAACCUCACGCUACGUGUUUGGUUUCAAAUUAAGUUUAGAGACUAUCAAUUCGGUCUAACAUUUUCCUCUAAUUUCCAAACACAGUUUGUUUAUCUCCUAAAUAAAUGCCUCAUUUGUCACUUUUUCUCAUCAACUCGGUCGCUUAUUAUGACAAAUACAGUAUCAUAUGGUUAGGUUUAACAUGGGUGAAUUGUUUCACUUACAUUCAUAUCUAGAGAGCCUCAACACCUCAUGUUUAUUUGAAGAAUGUUGCAAUAUACUGUACUUAAGCUUUUAUGACUUAAUAAGUUUAGCUAUCAUGUCAUGCAUUGUCUACCCUAUGAGUGUGUGUUCAGAACCCAGUACACCGUUUUGGCAUCUGUACAUAGGAUGUGGAAGGUGUAUCAGGCACCGUGAAGGAUAGGACUGGCUGUCGAUGUAGCUCAUAGAGAUUGAUAGUCGAUUAUUGAUAAAUAUCGGAGCAGUAACUUUGAGCCAAAAUGUCUGAAACAGAUGACGAUAUUUCACAUCACAUGAGUGGUGAUAUGUUUAUGCAUGAAUUACUAACAAAACACUGUCCUGGACAUAAGAUAGAAGCAGCCCAUGAAUGUAGUCCUAACUUUGUGUA